CGCCAACAUUUUGAUUUUCGGGCUUAACACGUCAAAUUUAACCUGUCAAACUUUUCUGAUACAAAGGGAAAUUAUUUUAUGCAGGAAUAAAAUAAACACUCUAGCGCUCCGAUCCGAUUUACCCAUUUUUUCCUUUUUAAAACAUGUUGGAGUCUCUUGUAGCCAACAUAUUAAACAGGUUCUUAAAGAAUUAUGUCUCCAACUUAAACUAUGACCAACUCAAGAUUGGCAUGUGGAAAGGUGAAGUUAAUCUGUCCGACUUGAAAUUACGUAAAGAUGCUCUCGACAAACUUGACUUGCCAAUCAGCGUGUCAGAAGGUUACCUCGGUGAGCUCAAGUUGGUCAUUCCUUGGUCAAACUUACGAAGUGAACCAGUCAAGGUGAUCAUUGAUCAUGUCUAUCUAUUGGCUGAACCUAAAAAUGAAGCAACAUUGACGGUAGAAGAAGAAGAGGAACGUCUGUUAAACCUGAAACGUCAAAGACUCGCCACAGCCGAAUUACUCGAUACUCCCGAUCAGCAACAUAAGACCGAGGAAAGUCCGAACGAUGGAUUCUUGGCACAGUUAACGACCAAGGUGGUUAAUAAUUUACAGUUUACAAUCAAGAAUAUUCAUAUUCGAUAUGAAGACAAGAUAUCCGACCCAGGACAUCCGUUUGCCGUUGGUGUCACCCUCAAGGAACUCAGUGGUCUUUCGACAGAUGACGAUUGGCAGCCGAAAUUUAUCAGUGAUCCAACUAGUUCGAUCAAUAAGCUUGUCACGCUUGAAUCUCUAUCGGUCUAUUGGAAUACGGAUACAAAGUCUUUGGCCGGUAUGCAUCAUGAAGAAGCCGCCGAAGUGUUUACGGAAUUGAUUCCAACCUCGACUGGUUCACACAAGGGCCACCAAUACUUGUUAAAGCCUGUAUCAGGUACAGGUAAGGUCAGGCUUAACAAAAAGUUUGGGGGCCAUAUACCCAAGACAGAUGUUACCCUUCUCUUUGACGAAAUCGCUUUUGGACUUGACGAUCAUCAAUAUAGAGACUGCAUCCUCGUACUCGAUCUCUUCCACAGCAAUCUUAAAAAACAAAAGUACCUUAAAUUUCACCCAGGCAAGGGCAAGUCUCCCAAGACGCAUCCUCGAGAAUAUUUUCAGUUUGCUGCUAAUGCUAUACUACACGAAAUCCAUGAAAGACAUUACAAGUGGAGCUGGGAUCAUUUCAGGACGCGUCGUGAUCAGCGUUUGAAGUAUAUUGAAUGCUACAUGGCUACCAAAUUAAACGAAGCAACCAGUGAACAAACUCAAGCUCUUGAACAACUCGAACGUGAUUUGUCAUUUGAGGAUAUCCGAUUCUAUAGAAGUAUUGCCAAGGGAAAGCUUCGUAAAGAAAAGGCUAAAAUAGAUCGCGAAAAUCAAAAGAAAAAGGAAGGAAAUGCCAGAAGUAGCUGGUGGGGGUGGAUCACAGGCUCCUCCCAGUCGAGCUCAGGUGACGAACAUGCGAAUGAUAGUGACGAAACGGAAUCCAUUCACAUGACAGAGGAGCAAAAGAAGGAACUGUACGAAGCGAUCGAAUACGAUGAGGAAAAGGCCAAAAUCACCUCUGCUAUGAAUAUCCCAAAAGAUACCAUCAGGCUUUCUUUAAAAACAAAUUUGGGCCGUGGCUCAUUUACGUUGAAGCAAGAUGUCAAAAAGAAGACCGAGCGAGAGUUACUUUCUCUCGUUUUCAACAGUGUAUCCUCUGAUGUGACCCAAUACCUUGAAUCCAUCAAAGUAGCAGCUUCAUUAGGCGAUCUUCAACUAUUUGACGGCAGUAAGGACACUAUAUACCCUCAGCUUAUAGGUGUCAAAAAGAAGGGCUUCUCGACCUCUUCAUUGCUUGACACUGUGUAUAACUUAAAUGACCUGGAACGGCGAAGAUCCACUUCUAUCACAAGUGAACAAAUAACCAAGGCAGAGGAACCCUUCUUUGCUGUCGUUUUUGAAAACAAGCCCCUUCAAAAGCAAGCAGACAAUGCAUUUUCCCUCAAAAUGAGGCAUUUAGAGAUCAUUUACAGUCCAAUCCUGAUUGCUGGCAUCAUGGAGUUCUUCAAGCCUCCGAGCUCAAAAAUGGAAAGUGUGAACGCCUUGAUUACUGUUGCGGGAGAUACUUUUGAAGAACUCAAGCUUCAAACACGUGCUGGCCUGGAAUUUGCAUUGGAAACGCAUACUACAUUCGACCUUGACAUUGAUAUGGAUGCACCGAUUAUUUUCGUACCUGAAAGUUUGACGGAUCCGAAUUCGCCCGUUCUAGUGCUGGAUGCUGGUCAUAUCAAUAUCGAUAGUGAACUUGCCGAUACAAAAUUAGUAGAAGAAUUUAAGUCAAAAAACAUCCAAAACAGUAACACGGAAGACGCCAAGAUGCUCGAAAGCUUAAUGUAUGACAAGUUCAAUUUGCAGUUGACACAGACAAACAUCCUCAUCGGAUCUAAUGUUCAAGAAUGUCUGUGGCAGCUUCAAAAUCAAGCUCCCGGAGGCGAUGUGGAUUCGCGUUUCAUUAACCGUAUUGACAUGAAGUUCCUGGUUGAACUCUGUAUCUUACCUGGCAAAACAGAAUUUACAAAAUUCAAAGUCUCUGGACAUUUGCCUCUGCUGUCAGUCAACCUAUCUGAUAGUAAAUACAAGACAUUGAUGAAAAUCAUUGAUCUUGCCAUUCCCAAAACGUCGGAUGAUGAACCAGACACAUCCGGAGUUGUGCAGCCAUCUAUACCCCGAGCACAGUCGUCCAAUGUCAUGCAGGAACAUUUUAGAGGUCAACAGGGAGUCGUCUUGUCGGACACUGAUAGUGAAAGGACAGCUGUUUCAAGCGCAAUAGCAUCGAGCAUAUCUGUCUCGGAAGUUGAGCAAUUCAAGUUGGCCUUUUUGGUGGAUAAAGUAUCUGUCAAACUGCACGAAACCUUUUCAACAGACACCAAUGGCAAACGAGACGAAUUGCUUUGCGAGAUUGUUUUGGAGAGCUUUGAAUUGACCGUCCUGACGCGCCCUCUUGACCUUUUGGUAGAUGUAUCACUUAAAGCGCUGAACGUGGUUGACAGGUUAGAUCCUCAUAGUGCGUUCCCUUAUCUUGUGACAUCGAAUAUUGUCAAGCAGAGUAAUACUGUUGAACGUCAUGGUGACAAAGACUUGAUUAGCGUCAAGUACAGAAAGGCUUCCAAAAACCACCCUCUGUUUGUAGAAGUAUACAACGAAUUUGAUCAAACUGUGGAUGUCGUCUUGUCCACCUUUACUGUUAUCGUCACACGAAACUCGCUGCUACGAAUCUAUAACUGGAUCAUGAAAACGUUCACUGGUCCAUCUCAGCCAGAGAGCAGUUAUAGUAUUGCUGAUGGCGAUGUCCUUGAUGACCAGCACUCACAUCAAGCCGCGUCAUCCGUGCUUUCUGAUACGUCCAGUAUACGUAAAAAGGUAGUGCAGAAAGCCUUGCAGCCACAACAAGACAAAACAGAAAAGGCAACCAAUGAGUCAAGGAUGAGAGUCGCUCUCCAUAUGGAUAGUAUUGAUCUUAUAUUAAAUAAUAACAACAUUCGCUUGGGCACACUUGAGCUCGCUUUUGGCGACCUUAUCAUCACAAUGGAGCCAAAGACGUUGGAAGUACUAGGUAAAUUUGGCAACUUUUCCUUGUCUGACGACAGAGCUGCAUCGAAAACCUUUAUGAUCAGUGUGGUUGGAGAAGAAUUGGCCAACUUUUCAUACAAGACCUACGAUUCAAAGGACGUUCACUUUCCGGGAUACAGUCAGGAAUUUAAGCUUCAGAUGGGUUCCAUUCAAUGCAUCAUGAAUGAUUCACUAAAGACCACGUUGGACUUUUUGAUGGAGUUUUUAGAAAUGAAGAAUGUAUACGAUACUGCAAGAAGCACUGCUAUAGAAACUGUACAACAGUAUCGUGAGGAAGGCAACAACUUUCACUUUGAUGUCCUGGUGAAGAGCCCUGUUGUGAUCAUACCCACCGAGAAUAACGAUUGUGUGAUUGCCCAUUUAGGAGAGAUUAGAGCUAAGAAUGAAUUUGUCGAUAUAGAUCGUAGAGAUAUUAUCAACAUAUUAGAGACUCAUACUGUGCCUGUCGCGCAUAUCGAAUGUGGGCUCUAUGAUAUUAGUCUGAAAUCCACCAUAAUCAGCCCCAAUCAACGUGAUAAAGUGACCAUGUCAAUCAUUCAAGAUUUGGAUAUCGCAUUUGAUAUUGAAAAUCUUGUAAAAUCAGAUGUCAGGAGCGGACCAGUGUCACAGAUCAAGGGCUGUAUUUCAGAUGUCCGAAUGUCACUGACCGAAAGACAAUACAAGCUACUGUUGAAAGUAUGGGAUAUUAUCCAAAAGACGUUCCUUGCCUCUUCAUCCAAUGGUGGUGCUCAUCAUGAAGAAGAAGAAGAUAUCAUCAAAAGCUCACGCUCGUCACAGGUGUCUACAGUCUCGCAUCGAUCCAAAGAAGUUGAAGUUCCAAUGAAAGAAACUCAACAAUCUCCAAAUAUUAGUCUUGAUCUAGCAAUCCAACUGAAUACAGUAUGUCUUGAAAUCAUUCGAGGAGACGAGCUGACAACGGAAAACAAUGCUGGUAAAUUGCUCUCACAACUCUCAUUCAAUGGCAUUGGCAUGAAAAUGCAAACAAUGUCGGACGAAUCGAUGCUAAUGGAAGUCAAGAUGCAAUCUGUUCAGUUUGCAGAUGCGAGAGAAGAGUCGAAUUCAAAAUUCAAGGAAAUUCUGCCAGCAACCUCGCUUGAAGGCCCACAGUUUCAAUUCAAAUUACACUCUUACAAGGAGAAUGACCUGUCCGUGAUGAGCAUGCAUAUCGCUGUGGAUAGUCCCAAGGUUAUCCUGUCUCUUAACUAUUUGCUUUUACUCAAGGAUUUCUUUAUGGCUCCAUUUGUUGUAGAACAGCCUACUGAGGCUCAAAAGUUUGCACAAUCUCAUGGAAAGGAUAAUGAUAAAAACAAGCAAAUACAACAAGCUCAGCAAAUGCAAAGUCAGGCACCGGCAACGGUCAUGAAAUACCAUGUCAAUGUGGUUGACCUUGAAGUCAUUUGUCUUGCGUCACCAGAUAAUGAAGCGUCUGAAGCUGUCGUUUUAUCGUUUAAUCAGCUUACAGUAGACCAACAGGAUGUUCUCAAGGUUAAUCUGGACGGCAUAGGCAUGGUUUUGUGUCGUAUGGACAAUCGAAAGGAGUCAACGCUGCACUUUGUCGAACAGUUUGAUGUGAUCCUCGAACUGAAUAAUGCAGCGCCAAACUCUGUGCAUAAUCUGAUGUCUAUCAAACUUUAUGUAAAACCUAUUAUUUUGCGUCUAUCAUACCAAGAUGCGAUGUUGAUCAUGAAUAUCGUAAACAAGGUUUUAGAACUAACGGGCAGUGCAAAUAAGAAUGAGGCUCCCAAAUUGUCGAUUGUUUCUGAAGAGCUUUCUGAUGUCAGACGCGAUUUAGAUGGAACACAAGAGCUUGAUAGACCGAGUGGUAUCGAACCCUAUGUUGUGAUGAUAAAGGAGACGUUGGUAGCAGCAUUUGAAGGAAUCCAGAUUGUCUUGAUCGAAGAUUUGCAUGAUCUGCCCUUUAUCGAUAUUCAAAUGCCUCCAUUCCAAAUCACUGCCUCGGAUUGGACAAGAGCACUUCAUGCUGAGGUUGACUUUGCCAUGGCAGCCAAGAACUUCAACUUUAAGAACUCUCAUUGGGAACCACUUCUGGAGCCAUGGAAGUUUGGUAUCAAGGCAUCUCAAAGCCCAGUAGACAAGAGCACGACUGUUUCAUUAAACUCUGAAGAAUUGAUGCAUUUGAACGUGACACAUGCAUUUAUUGAAACCACUCUAGCCAUUUCUCAGACACUGUCUGAAGUUAGACCGCUCGCCCAAUCGGUCCAGGACCAAGUGCGGCCUUACUUGCUUACCAACUCAACUGGGUAUGAUCUCCGGUUUUGGAAUAUGUCUGAUGAUGCGGACAGUAGUAAUCCGCAUAUAUUCUGCUUGAGCAAUGGUGAAUCUAUGCCAUGGAUCUUCCGAGACUGGAAAAAACGCAGAGAAAAUAUCAAUAUUGGCAAAAACCUGUUUGGCGUUCAAGUGGAUGAGAGUAAUUGGGAGAGUAUUCUACAUGUUGCAGUAGACCGAGAAGGUCAGUUUGCUUACCGCCUUCGACCUGAGGACAAUGGUGUUUAUCAUCGCUUGGUUGUCGACAUUCGUUUAGAAAAUCAUGUCAAGAAAGUCACGUUUAGAAGCGGUCUCGUCUUGGAAAACGGCUCGUCGCAAGAGAUGCAAGUGGCAAUUGUGAAUAAAAAGAGGCUUAUCCUUUCGGGUGUCAUCACAUUGCAGCCUGGAGAAAGCUACCAUGUGCCUAUCAAGUUGUGUUACGACCAAUGGAUCGUAGCCAGACCUUCAGAAAAACACCGCUGGAGCAAGGAGAUGAUGACAUGGUCUGAUGUAUUGUUACCUACCUUUCCUAAAUUUCUGGAAUGUGAAUCAUUGGAUAAUCAGUCAGUGAAGCAGUUCUUCCAGAUCAAGACAGAGUGCGACAAAAAGAGCACACUUAUUAGACAUUACCCAUUGAUGAAGAUUCAAUUCUGUGCACCUAUUGAAAUCGAAAACCUCUUACCCUUUGAUUUUGAUCUUGUGCUAUCAGAGGAAGGUAAAGGCGAGAGCACUUCCCUGUUUAUUCGGCAUGGCCAAAAGGCGCAUAUCCAUAGUUUGAAGAGCGAUGCUACAUUAAAAGUACAGUUAGACUUGAAGUCGGACAAGUACAAGCCUAGUGAAGCUGCAAUCAUCAAAACUGCUCCGAAUUACAACUCAGUUAGCGACAAGUUAACCAUUAUAGACCAAGACGAUGUACCGACCAACUUGAGGAUGCAUGUCUCAAGAACGAUUAAUACAAUAGACUCACUCUACAUUGGUAUAUAUGCACCUUAUCUUAUUAUCAACAAGUUUGGCCUUCCAAUCAGUCUGAGACCACGCCAGACAUACCGUCAAAGCAAACAACGUGUGGAACAGAUUCCUGCAUAUAAAGAAGGCGAGCAGAUCGUACCUGCCUUAUUCUCUUAUGACGAUAUUGAUUACCAUAACCGUGCUCAAAUAUCCAUUGAUGGUUCUAAAUGGAGCGACCCUAUCAGUUUUGAAGCUGUUGGAAAUAGUCAAGACGUCACUUUGUUCUCUAAAGCGGAUGCUUAUGCAAGACAUGCUGGUAUCAAAGUUGAAGAAGGAACAAACGAGUUACGAUUGACCAAGAUUGUUUCCAUUACGCCUCGCUACAUUCUAAAAAACAACAUGGAAGUGAAUCUCGAACUGUGCGAGUUCAGCACAGAUAAUGUGAUAAACAUCCAACCAGGACAAAAGACGGCGCUGUAUCAGACUAGCAAGUCUUCAGUACGAUGGCUAUGUCUUCGCCUCCAAGAGCCUGACAGAAGAUGGUCUUGCCCUAUAAAUAUUCAAGAUAUUGGCAAAACAUACGUAAAGGUGGAUAGAGGAGAGAAUGCUAUACCGUAUCUGGUCAGGGUUUCCGUCGAAAUUAGAGAUUCUACUAUUUUUGCAACCUUUAAUGAAGAUGAUGAAUGGCCAUACUAUAUAGUGAAUGACUCUAGUGUCGAUCUUGAAUUCGCACAAGAAGAUAUUGAUCCGAGUGACUAUAAUCUAAAGGGCAAACAAAAGGCAGCCAUCACAAAGCCUCGUACCUUCCAUCUGUCUCCUGGUGAGCAACUAGAAUACUCUUGGGAUAUUCCUAUUGCAAGAGAAAAGAGAAUUGAGUUACGUGUAGGAGAUAGACGUCGAUAUAUCAACUUUGAGGCCGUUGGUUCACAGAUACCCUUCCGUUACCUAAAGCAGCGAGAUGGACCCGUUGGAAGCAAUACCCUAUCCAUUGAUAUCAAAGCUCGAGACUCUGCACUUAUAUUACAUAUUACCGAUUUUGAUCUCUCAAAGAGUUUAUACAGACCUAAGUCCUCAGCCACUUCUACUCUUGCAUCCACAUCUAGAGAAGGUAGUAUACGUGAGGCCUUUGAAACUGUCAACAUUCAACAUGUGAUCAAUUACAUAUUUGAGUUGAAUUUGACCGGCUUGGGUUUGUCACUCAUCAAUAGAGAUCCUCAGGAAAUAGCAUAUGCUACCAUCAAAGGCAUUGAUUUCAAGUACACUGAUUCAAAUAUGUAUCAAUCAUUAAGGUUAAGCAUUGACUGGCUGCAGGUUGACAAUCAACUGUACGGGUCAACUUACCCUAUCUUGUGUUAUCCAUCUACCUUACCAAAAGUAGCAACCGAACUAGAUAUACAUCCUACACUUCAUAUUGCUCUAGAUAAAGUCAAGGACGACCAACAUGGUGUAUAUUACUUUAAGCUCUUCUCCUUCCUUCUUCAGGAGAUGACAUUUGAAAUGGACGAAAGCUUCUUAUAUGUCCUAUUAGACUUUGCACAGUUUGACAACGCCCCUGCUGCUCCUGAACACAGGGAAGACUUGUUUGUUAUGGAAAUUGCAGAGCCUACUGUCGAGAAAACAUAUGCCCUUUAUUACUUUGAAGAGUUUUAUAUUCAACCUAUGCGGCUGAACAUCUCGUUUGUUAGAACCGAAAAAAUGAAUAACAGCAAGGAUCCUCAGGACUCAUCCAGGGACACACCUAUAAGCUAUGUGUUUAACGUGUUUACAAUGACUUUAGGAAACAUCAACGAUGCUCCUAUAAAGCUUAAUGCCCUCAUGGUAGAAAACCUCCGUGCAAGUUCUGAAGACCUAACUUCACGUAUCAUCCUGCAUUAUCGUGAACAAAUCAUUUAUCAGGUUCAUCGCAUCCUUGGUAGCAUUGAUAUCUUUGGCAACCCCGUAGGUCUCUUCAAUACCCUUAGUUCUGGAUUUGGGGAAUUGUUCUAUGAGCCCUAUCAAGGUUUUGUCAUGAGUGAUCGUCCGCAAGAUUUAGGCAUUGGUAUUGCUAGAGGAGUGGGUGGAUUCAUGAAGAAGAGCAUAUUUGGUGUAACGGACAGCAUGUCGAGAUUCACAGGAAGCUUAGGAAAAGGUUUAUCAGCUGCAACUAUGGAUAAAAAGUUCCAAGAGAAGAGACGUAUGAACAUGACUCGUAAUAAGCCUACACAUGCAAUCUACGGUAUCACUCAGGGUGUGGGGUACUUUGGUACCAGCAUAGCUAGCGGUGUUGCAGGAUUAGUUAAACGUCCAAUUGAGGGAGCUGAAGAGAAUGGUGUGCUGGGGUUUGCUGAGGGCGUUGGUAGAGGCCUCGUAGGGGUCGUUACAAAACCUAUUGUGGGUAUUUUUGAUAUGGCUAGUAAUAUAACAGCAGGUAUACGAGAAACGACGACUGUCUUUGAAGGAACAGAAAUCAAUAGAGAACGAUUACCUCGAUUCAUUGGAAGAGACGGCAUUUUAACCUCAUUUUCACAAAGAGAAGCUCUAGGUCAAAUGUGGCUUAAAGAAAUGGAAAGCGGCAAGUUCUUUAACGAUGAUUACAUUGCUCACACAGUCAUGAAAAGUGAUCAAAUGGUUGUUAUUUUGUCCUAUCAAAACAUUAUUGUUAUGACCUCUGAUAACCUAAAGAUGGAAUCUAGUAUUCCAUUAGAUCUUAUUGAAACAGCCGAGGCAAAAUCCGAUGGUGUUUAUCUGCAGGUAAAGAAUGCACCUCGAGUAUUGACGAUUGAACAAGAGACGAGCAAAGAGUGGUUUGCCAAAGAAAUUCGAGAGACGUUAGAGCAAAGAAAAGAAGAGCAAGAACGACAAUGAUUAUAUUUUACACAAAAUGAUAUACUUUUUAUUGCCAUAUAGUGAGCAAAUAAAAAUCUACGUUUUUCUUAGACAGAAGCCAAGAUAGGAGGUUCAACAAACUCCUUGGCAGCCUUAGCACCAGUGUCAUCAGCAGCAGCGGCAGCACCACCGUGAAGGGCCAAGAGAGCAGAGACGUCAAAUUUGGGAGCCUUGAGGAUCUUGACC